AUAUCAACUGUUGAAAACUUUAACAGUGCAAUCGAGUUACAAUGAAAAUGGACGUCAGCUACACCGACCAUUCGCACAUUAUUGGGAAAGGAGGCUUAAGCAUAAAGCGCGUGAUGGAAGAAACCAAGUGCCACGUUCAUUUCCCGGACUCAAACCGUUCCAACUCCAACGAGAAAAGCAACCAAGUGUCCAUUUCCGGCGACAUCAAGGGAGUGGAAUUGGCCCGAUCACGCGUUAGAGAAUUAACACCGCUGAUCUUCGGCUUCGAGUUGCCGAUUAUGUCGCAGAACGUCGACUUGAACUCUGCCUACAUCGUGAAAAUCCAAGAACAGUACAAAGUGCAUGUGAUGUUCAAAACGCGACCGAAACUGCACGCCACCUUGGUGCUGGUCAAAGGAGUGGAAUGGGAGGUUCACCAGGUGAAACAAGCCACUCUACUCCUCAUGGAGUACAUGUGCGAAAACCUAGCGAAUCAAAUUCCCGUUCAAAUGUCCAUGGAGAUUUCGCCCCAUCAUCAUCCCACUGUGCUGGGCAAGAACCAUUCGAACCUCAAAGCCAUCAUGCAGCACACCAAUUGUCAGAUCAUGUUUCCGGAUGCACAAGACCCGAAUAUUCCCAACUUGAAGAGGAGCAAAGUGACCAUCACGGGCAGUAUUCAUAACAUUUACAACGCUAGGGAGUUGCUGCUGGGCAGUCUGCCUCUGAUCAUUAUUUUUGACUUACCGGAUGACUCGACUGAGCAAAACUUAAAAGCCGAGCAGAUAACGGAAAUUCAAACUGCUGUUGACGUAACAAUCAAUAUAAAGCAAAAAGCGAACAAAACGACCAAAGCUUGCGUGAUCAAAGGCGUGGAGAAAUGCGCAAGCAACAUUUACAAGGCCAGAAACAUGAUUUUGGGCAUUGACGCAACUCCAAUUUACGCCGAUAUUCCUGCAAACUAUCACAUGCCGAACGUUUCGUCCCCAGCCCAGACCAAGGAGACCGCGCCCACGCCCAGCCUCAAUCCGCCCUCUCUUUCGUCGCCCCUCAUUUCGCCCACCUGGUAUUUUCCGUCGCCCACCACUCCGCAACAACAGGCCUCGCCUCUGUAUCAGUUCACUCAAAAACAGCAGUUUUUCCCUCCCAAUGCCAAUCUAUCUGCUUACCAUCAGCAAAUGGCCAUGAGCACUGGGUAAGUCAAUCCAUACUGUA